GGCGAAACGAAUUGUGUUGCGGAUGGAGGCGCAAGUGGCCAAGCUGCGCUAUGCGACGGCGCGCUGUCUCUACAUCAUCGACACCUUUCUCUCGACGAAGCGCGGCCAAUCUAUCAUGCUCGUGAGCUUUGGGCUUCUCAUGACGGUCACCUGCGGCUGCUUUGUGUCGCUGAUUCCAACCGACGACCACAGCGAGUCCACAACUGAGGUCGCAGCAGAAAAUACGACGCAGAGCGCGACGCCAGAGCCGACGACGGCGGCGGUCGAAGGCCAGCACGGCGGGAUCAAGCACGGUCUUGGCCAGGCCAUGUGGGCGUGCUGGCUCUUCAUAUCGGACCCUGGUGCGCAGGGCGAGCAGCACGAAUGGAAAUUCCGGGUCCCGGGCUUUCUCAUUAGCAUCCACGGCAUGGUCUUCUUCUUCGUCAUCCUCGGGUUCGUCGUCGACUCGAUUCGCGAAAAGAUGGACGACCUCAAGAAAGGCCGGAGCAACGUGGUCGAAACCGGCCAUAGCUUGAUUUUGGGGUGGAGCGACAAGUCGAUCUCGCUCAUCAAGCAGCUGUGCUUGGCCAACGAAAGCGAAGGCGGUGGCGUCAUCGUCAUCCUCGCCGACGCGUCCAAAGAGUUUAUGGAAGGGGAGCUCGCGUCUCAGAUCGAGCUCGACGAAUUGCAUCAAACCAAGGUCGUCGUGCGCACGGGCAGUCCGCUCGUGAUCGCCGACUUGAAAAAGGUGUCGGCGCAAAUGGCGCGCAGCAUCACGAUCCUCGCCACGUCCAUGGACGCCGACAAGUCGGACGCCGCGUGCCUUCGUGUCAUUUUGAGUCUCCGCGGUCUCUUUCAGCUGCAAGGUCAUGUGGUGGCUGAAAUCCGAGAUGUGGACAACGAGCCGCUCGUGCACCUUGUUGGCGGCACCUUUGUCGAAACUCUCGUCUCCCACGAUAUCAUUGGGCGCCUCAUUUUGCUCGCGGCUCGGUCCCCUGGCCUCUCCAAGGUGUACACGGCGCUCCUGGGGUUCGAAGGGGACGAGUUUUACUGCCAAGCGUGGCCCGACGCGGCGGGGACGCGGUUCGGCGAUCUCAUGCAGCGCUUUCCGCUCGCGACGCCGAUUGGCAUCAAAACGAGCAGCGGCAAGGUUGUCAUCAAACCGAGCUUUGACUAUCUCAUCGAAGCAACGGACGAAAUUGUCGUCCUCGCUGAAGACAACGAUUCGUAUACGCUGACGCCGGCCGUGAGUGUCCCGCCGCUCGCAACCCCGCAGAUUCCGCCGCGCACGAUCGAGAAGGAGAUGAUCCUUAUCUGCGGGUGGCGCCGCGACAUCCAAGACAUGCUCGUGCUGCUCGACAACUAUUUACUCCAAGGCAGUGAGGUCCAUUUGCUCAGCGAAAUUUCAGUCGACGACCGCGCUGUGUUUUUGGCCGAAAGCGGCAUUGACGCCGACGCGUUCGACAACUGCAUCUUGAAGCACCACGUCGGCAACACCUCCGUGCGCCGGUACCUCGAGCCCCUUCCACUCGAAGCGUACACGUCGAUCAUGGUGCUCUGCGACUACCAGCGCGAGCGCGACAUUUUGAACUCAGAUUCGCACUCGCUCGCCACCGUGCUCUUGUUGCGCAAUUUGCAGAAAAACAAAAAGGAGCAGCGAAAGGAGCACCUCUUUGGCCCUCGGAUCGUCGACGCGAUCGCUCGCUGGGCGCGCCACGUCACUAACAAGUGUCCGUGCAUCACCGAGAUUCUCGAUCCGCGGACGCAGAAAACCGUGGUCGCCAACGCCAGCAUCGCCGUGCACUCGGACUUUGUCAUGUCCAACGAACUCAUCUCGUGCAUGCUCGCCAUGAUCUCCGAGUCGCGCGAGGUCAAGCAGAUCCUCCACCGCCUCUUAUCGCCCCAGUCCAACACAUUUGCAGUUCAAGACAGCCGGCGGUAUUGCACCAAGGAUGAAACCCUCUCGUACUACCAGCUCGCCAAGCGGCUCGGUGCAGUGAACGAGCUCCUCGUCGGCUAUUUGCCCAAGCGCCGCAAAACCGACAAAGAGCCCAGCAUUGUUCUCAACCCAAAGGACAAGGCAGUGGUGCGUCAGUGGAGCGAGUUUGACUUGGUCGUUAUCAUCGAUGGCGCCAACGACAUUGGGCGUGCGCAGGACGUCAAGAGCGCUGUCGUCGACCGGCUCACCGACCAGAUGCGUCAAAAUAAUUUGAGGGACGUCAAAGCGGCCGCGCCCCCACCACCGAUUGGAGUCCGCGCCGCGAACCCGCCCGAGCCGCGUGUUCGAACGCAGCGAUCGUUCGUCUCCAAGGCCACGUCCCACCUGCCGGUGCCGCCGUCCUUUGACGGCGAUAUUGAGCUCACGCCCGAGGUGUGCCAACGUCUAAUGGCGCUUCGCGACGAUGUCGAGAUGCUCCUCGAGCACUACACGAACCUCCAUACCAAGCACGAGCAAAUGCGGUUGUCCCAGGGACCCAAUACGAUUCAAACGUUCCAUGCCUCCUAAGCAAUUGUUGUCGUUCAAUGUAUGUCAUUUCAUUAGCAAAAA